ACAGGAGAGGUGAGAACUGAUUAUCUAUCAUCACUAGAACACCCUGCUUAUCACCUUGCAAACAUCUCCUGAAUCCUCUCUUUCUUAAUGCGGAAAUGGCACAAAUUAUUUUUGUUGCUCUGAUCCAUUCUUGUCUUGAUUGCUGUAACUCAUUACUAAUUGUCUCCACGGCACUAAACUCUGCCCUCUCCAAUCUAUCCUGAAUGCAGCAGCUAGGCUCAUCUAUCUCUCUAACUGCUUUGAUGUCACAGCAACGAAUCCUCCGAGUCACUACCCCAAUGCCUCCACCAUGUGCCAAUCAUUACACUGAUGCCUCCAACUUGAUCCAAUUACUACACAAAUGCCUCCAAUCUGUGCCACUUACGGCACAAAUCAUCGUUUGACAGCAGCACAUUGACAUAUGUAAACUGGAAUGUGCUGCCAAUAAACACUGAAUCUGUAUGGGGCUGAAUGGUUGAAUUGACCAUUUAGUGAUCAGAUAACACAGAGUUUUUGUACUCCACUUCCUGGACCUUAAAUAUCCUACCUCCAUUCACUGCACUGCUCUGAAAGCUCAAUAAGUGCGGUUCUGGAUCUCACUAAUGCUCUUGUCCCUAGAAUGAUUUCCAGCCUCUCCUUUUCUCAUAAAGGCACCUGCAGUACUAGAAGCCUCCAGCUCCUCCAGUUCUCUCCUCUUCUCCUGAAUGACCACCAAGGAUGGACAGGAAGGAGAUCAGCAGAAGAUUAUUAGACUUCACCUUGGAGAUCAUCUACCUGCUGAGCGGAGAGGAUUACACCAUAGUGAAGAAGACAUCGGGGGGGACUCCCAUCAUCCAUGGGUCAGGAGGGUGGAGCAGGACCCCCAUCACUGAGCCUCCCCACCUGAUACAUGAUCAGAAGAUCCUAGAACUCACCCACAAGAUGAUGGAGCUGCUGACUGGAGAGGUUCCUGUAAGGUGUCAGGAUGUGGCGGUCUAUUUUUCCAUGGAGGAGUGGGAGUAUGUAGAAGGAUACAUGUGUCUGUACAAAGACUUUAUAAUGGAGGAUCCACGGCCUCUGACAUCACCAGGUCGCACAAGUGUCAUGAAGAAAGAGCCAGACGCCCGUCCUCGACUGAUGACAGCAUUGACGGUGCACAGAUUCUGUUAGGUAGAUGAGUGACAGUGGAUUAUGUGAAGGUGAAGACAGCAGUGCAUAUGUGGCUCACAGCUCAGCCUAAAACAUUUUUAAUGAGGAAAUUUGAAAGCUUGUUGACAGAUGGACAAAGUGAAUCGAAAAGUAGGGAGAUUAUGUUAAGAAAGGAUGUGCUGAAGUGCCUUUGUAGAGUUAGUUUUGUGUGAAUUUGUGUAAGUCCUGAAAGAGGUUAAAUGCUUUCCUGGUAUGUUGUACAAACGACAGGCCCCUCUCUAGAAGUGAUUGCUUGCAAGUAUUGAGCUUUUAUGAUGUUUUUGACUGAAAAGAGUUGUUGAGUACCUGUGGUUGAUGAUGGUCUUCAUGGUUGGUUCCCUCUCUUGUAAUUUCCU